CGCUCUGUCAUUGGCUGCUUCCGAGUAAGAAGUGCUUUGGCAUAGCAGUUGAUAUCCUACAGCUGGAAGGUAGUGUUUAUCACACAAAGUGAGAGGGCUUCGAAAGUGAACGAAAGCUUUAAUGUAGGGUCUCAAAAGGAGGGAUACCGAGGUUGUUUAUUUUUAAAAAGAGAGGUAUAGACCAAAGCUAAACUAUUAGAUUGCCAAAAUGCUUUGCCAAGUUACCCGUCCGGAUUCGGUGGUAAUGGAAGUGGAAGUUGAUACGAAGGCGAAUGGUGAAGACUGUCUGAAUAAGGUGUGUAGGAAGUUAGGAAUCAUAGAGGUGGACUACUUCGGCCUGCAGUUCUCAGGCAGUAAGGGAGAGAACCUGUGGCUCAACCUCAGGAACAGAAUCUGUCAGCAGAUGGACAACCUGACUCCCUGCCGACUCCGGCUUCGAGUCAAGUUCUUUGUGGAACCACAUCUCAUACUCCAGGAACAGACUAGACAUGUGUUCUUCAUGCAGGUCAAGGAGAACCUCCACAGUGGCCACCUGAGGAUGUGUUCUGUGCAGGCUGAGGAGCUGAGUGCCCUGCUGGCCCAAGCCGAGUUCAGAGACUACAACCAGAACACAGCCAAGUACUGCUACUCUGAGCUGAGUGGGAGCGAACCCUGCCCGGCAACAGUCAACAGUAUCAUCUCUAAGCACAAGGCGUUGGAGGGUCAGAGCCCGGGGUCAGUGGAAUACCAGGCCCUGCAGCUGGUGUCCAGCCUGGAGCACUAUGGGGUGGAGUGGCACUGGGCCAGGGACGCAGAGGGACAGAGGCUGGCCAUAGGGGUAGGCGCUGAAGGUAUCGCUGUCUGUAAAGAGGACUUCAGCCUGGUCAACAGGAUCAGCUAUCCUAUAAUCCAAACAGCCACUCAGUCAGGGAAGAGUGUUUACCUGACGGUGACCAAGGAUACCAGCGACAGUAUGGUUCUGAUAUUCAAGCUGAUCAGCAACCGGGCAGCAAGCGGACUGUACCGGGCCAUCACUGAGACACACGCCUUCUACAGGUGUGACACGGUGACCAGCGCGGUGAUGAUGCAGUACAGCCGUGACUUCAAGGGUCACCUGGCGUCUCUCUUUCUCAACGAGAACAUCAACCUGGGCAAGAAGUACGUCUUCGACAUCCGACGCACCUCCAAGGAGGUCUACGACUACGCACGCCGGACGCUCUACAACGCCGGCAUCAUGGUGGCGGGCGGCGAGAGGACGCCAUCGGGGCGCAGUCCACUGCGUGGCCAGGAGGAGGGGCUGGGAGAGGACUGUGGGAGCUGCCAGCAGAGCAGGGCGCUGCUGGAGAGACUAGAGAAACUCAGAGAAGCUCUGCUGUGUAUGCUGUGCUGUGUGGAGGAGAUAGACGCAGCCUUCUGCCCCUGUGGACACAUGGUGUGCUGCCAGACCUGCGCCAACCAACUACAGUCGUGUCCGGUGUGUCGGUCGGAGGUGGAACACGUGCAGCAUGUCUACCUCCCCACCUGCACCAGUCUUCUGAACUUCACCACCACCUCUCACGGUGGCGACGACAGCCCCGGUCCCAUCCACAGAGCUAUGUGUGGUCUAGGACACACCUGCCACACCAAGGACUACUGCAAUACCAACACCCAACACGACUCCAACAACAUCUACCACACAGAGACAUAAAACCACUUCACCACUCCCAGGCUGUGUACCAAAUGGCUCCCUGGUACUACAUGGGGAAUAGGGUGCAAUUUGGGAAGCACCCCAGUCCAGUUCCAACACCAUUGGGUUCUGUUGGGUUGUUUUCACCUUGCCACUCUCCCUGACGGUGGUAUUUUCUCCACUCCCCACUGUCAAUGAUAUGGAUUAUUUUUAAACCAAUGAUGGACUUGGCAUUUUUUUAAUACCACCCCUCCAUUUUAGAUUUAGGUUUAUUGUGUAUUAUUUAGUUUUAAUCUAAUUUCAUCAGUUGAUCUGAAUUAGUGGCGCUAUUUUGAUUUAGUUCACUGUUUUUGAUUGUGUUGUUUUUUUCUCCAUAUUGGUCUACAGAACGUGAAUUAUCUAUUGGGCCCAUAACCUGCAGCGUUUGUACAAUACGAGGACAUUAUGUGUUCUAGGAGAGUAGUAGGCAACGUAGAUAGUCGUUCAGUUUAAAAAUUUCAUUUGCAUUUCUAAACGUUUCUUUUAAGCUUUGAGAAUCUCAUGUUAUGGUUCUAAUGGAGUGAUAUGCGUUUCAUUUAGUUGUUUGUUUCCCAUGUAGUUCCUAUGGUUUCCAUGCCAAUGGGAAGUUAUUUGAGGGGUAGGAAGCAGCCCGACCCUAGCACAGCAUUCUGAUUUAGAGAUGGAAUGUGUCCCAAAUGACAUGCUAUUCCUUAUAAGUUGUGCGCUACUUUGGGCUCUGGUCAAAAGUAGUGCACUAUAUAGGGAAUAGCAUGUCAUUUGGGAUGCCGUUGUGGGUAAGUCUUGACGAUAAGCCCAGUAUUAUUCUCUUCAUGUGUAGAUGGGUUCUGGAACCAAACCAGAACUUUGACAGGGAAAGAGAGAUGGUUGAAUGACCCUCCCUGAGGGAAAAAGACCCGACUCAAACGGAACUCCAUGAGCUCCAGCCAUUCAUUAUUUUAUCCCAUAUGAACAGGAACCCGCAGAAAUGCAGGUCCCCAAAAUAACAUGUUCUAAGUAUUAUUUUACUCAGUAAGUAAUCUGAUUUUAUUUAUUGCUAAGGCUGUUUUUCUAGCCUUAUCCCAGAUGUGUUUAUGUUGCAUCACUAACCCAGACCGUAGGAGUUAUUUAUACAACACAAACUGAUCUGGGAUCAGCCACUACUGUGUAUUCUGUGAUCAGUAUUUCUGUUUUUAUGUAGUCCACUAGUGAGUUCCUUAUGAUUUCAUUAUUAAAGGGUACUAGUCUAUCAGUGCAAUACUAGCUGCUUUUUGAAAAGCCUUUUUAUUUAUUUUUAGGGUGGAAUAUAUAUUUCUUUCUAUCUACACUCACUUUACCAAGGAAGCUUCCCAAGUGAAUUAUCUGUAGGGUUUUGCCUUAUUAAUGUAGCAACAUGGGUUGUCUCCCAAAUGGCACCCUAUUCCUUACAUAGUGUACUACUUUCGGCCAUGGCCCAUAGGAUUCUGGUCAAAAGUAGUGCACUGAAUAGGGAUGCCAUUUUGAGACUCACUCACAUUGUGUUUUUGGUAUGCGUUCUUUGCACAGACUUUCGUUGUUUUGAAAGAUGAAGAAUGUUUUCUUUAUUGCUGGAACCAUUUGGCACAUUGUCACUGCAGGGGAUUGAUGGUUUUGUUCACUUUGUACAAGUAGGAUUUGUUUCUGUUUUUUUGAAGCAAAAACCUAUGCUCUGUAAAUGUAGAAAGAAAUUACUUUGGAUCUUUUGUAUGUUAUUUCUUUGAAUGAGAAGUGUUAAUAAAGUUUUUUUGUUUGUUUUUAAAACAUUA